AUGCUCCCAGAAAAGGGUGACAAUAUCUCUGUCUACCAGCAACUGGUAAUUGAUAGAUCUCUCGCUUUGAGCGAUUUCUUCGAGAUGAAGAGGCCACUCCUACUAUCUCAGUCAGAAGAUGUGAGGGAUACGGCGUUUUCUGAGUUAGUGGAUCUUAUCUGUUCGUUCCCGGACGACUUUCUUUCCGAAGAACAAGAACUCAGUGCUAUGGGAUCGGAUUUUGUUCUGUCCUUCAUCAAAUCUGUAGGAGGUGAGCGGCAUCCUCGAUGCCUUCCUCAAGUCUUCCGGAUGUUCGUCAUCGUUGCGCGAUCUUUUCAACUUGGACCACUUGUGGAAGAUCUCUUCGAAGUGGUUGCGUGUUACUUCCCAGUUGAAUUCAAACAGCCUUCAGGCGACUCUCCAAUCACGCAGGAACUACUUGCUCAAGGAUGUUUACAAUGUUUGACAGCUCACCCGCAUUUCGGUCCCUUUUGUUAUAUGCUUAUCGAGGAGAAAUUCACAGACGACGACAGCACUAUUGAGCAAAAGCAUGACACCUGUGAAUUACUGGCUGAAGCUGCUCGUGUUUUUCAACCAGAAGAUAUUGUAGGACAUUUAGAGGUGAUUCUGGGAGGGCUCAGUGCAGUUGGACUGGAUCCUAAAUCCAAAACACCUGAAUGUGUUCCUCGGGCUUUAGCGGCCAUCACACGCGCACUGAGUAAAAGCAGCACAGAUUCGGUCCUGAAACUUGGCUCUCAACUCAUCGAAAAUCUUGAACCCUUCGUUCUUCAAGCAGAAAUGGGUCUCACGCAACGAGCACUGAGUUUGUUGCGUUGCGCUUCGAGUGAAGGACCAGUCAUUCGAAGCAUGAUCUACGACAGAGUGAUUCCUUGGAUUCUUAUGCUUGUUCAGGGCGAUGUCGUGAAUGUGAAGGCGAACAGGCUGGAAAUUUUACAAGAGGGACUACUCGCCCUGACUACUUGGACAAAGGAAAUCCAUGACAAAGGAUGUGGUUGAACUGCUUUUCUUCAUCUAGUAGGUGUACUUGCCGAGAAGGAUUGGGUAUUCGUUCGCAGUGCGGUCUUGAAAGAGUGCGAAUGGUCGGAAUUCAACGGUUUUUCUCUCAUAUGUGCAGCCGUUCAUGAUGAAUCUUCCUUUGAUGAAAUGGAGUCAGAUAUUAUGCGCUUCAUGUCUGAAUACCCGAGUUAUGAAGUGUUCAACGUCUACCUCCAGAUGGCAACGAGACUGUCCGCAGUGACUCCUACUUUGCUUCCUCGCCUCGUUGAUCACUUUCGAUCAGUAGCAUACAAGAUGGUCUCGCCUUCGAAUGAAGUGGUUGGUACUUUUGCUGAAACUAUGCAAUCUCUUGGACUACUUAUGAAUAAAGAAAGUCAUGCAGUGCUUACUGAGAAAAUUGUCAGUACCUUGGAAUCUCCUCAACUAUUGGACAUGUUCUGCCUUUUCAUUCUUCAGUCACAGGACCCAGUUGUGAUGAGGCGCGUUUUGGCGUUGCCUGUCUGUGGAGUUCAAUCUGCGUGCCGUUUAUGUACAGGCAUUGCCAAUCACGAGAAAGACGUUGGUGGCGUGCUCUCAUUGAAAACAGAGGUUCCCUACGACAUCGACUGUGCGUUAGCAAAGGGACUGCUGCUAUGUGGAAAAAAAGAAGGCCUCGCGCUUUUUGAAGAGCUGCUCGCCCGUUUUUAUUGUGAAAGCGUAGCUAAUAGAGAGGAGCUUCAUGAUAAACUCAAGGAUCUACUCGACUUUGAUAGCCCUGCGAACAAUCCUGAACGUUGUCUUUUCCACACUACGUUCUUAUGGAGACAAAGGGUGACCAGUCAGUUGAGCAGAAUCUAUGUAACUGCUGUCAAAUCUGCGGAUGAAGCUGGUAAGAAGCAUCUGAUGCGAUUACUCCCAUCUAUUCUGGGACCAUCAAUCCGGCAUCACUCACUUGAACAACAACUUGACGAGUUUCUCCCUGUCUUUCUUGUGGCUCUCUCAGAAAGUCAGAAAGCACGUCGCGAGGUUAUUUCGGUUUUACCGAAAUUCAUCUCUGCUCUGCCUCCGGAUAAAAUCCAGCCUGUUCAAGCCCGCACUAUCGUCGAAUCUCUCACUCGAGUAUUGUUGGUGGAAAUGGCUCCGAUGGUAGGCGCUUUUUGA